UCUGUUUUUUGAAGGUAAGUUAAUCGAAGUCAAGAGAAGACAGACGAUUACAUUCACGUUGUGUUUUGCCAAUUUUGUGAUUGCAUCAAUUUUGUUAAUGGUGUGUUGUAUUUAUUGCUUCAAAUUUAGCCUUUAUAACUUAGUUUCACCAUGGGAAAGGCAAAGAAGGGAAAGAAGUUAGGAUAUGACGAAGACGUCGAUGGUGAUGAAAUUGAAGCUCCUGAAGAUACCAGUAGCAAAAUCAAAGAGAAAAAAGGGAAAACAAAAGGUAAAACUGAAGAUGAUGAAAAUGACAUGAUUGAAGAUGAAGAUGACACGCAGUCAAAAAAGAAGAAGGGUAAAAAGGAGAAAAAGAAGAAAGUGGAUGAUGAAGAUGGAGAUGAUGCUGAGGUUACAGAGAUAACAAAGGACAUGAAAGAGCUUUCGACCAAAGGAAAGAAAGAAAAACUAAAGAAAAAAACUUCCGUUGAGUCUGAAGAUGAAGACAGUGAUGUGAAAAGUGUUAGUAAAAAGAAUAAUGACAUAAACAAAAAGGGCAAAAAUAAGCCCGAAGACUCUGAUGAGAGUGAUAGUGAACAAGUUUCUGAAGUGCGGACUAAAAAAAGUGCUAAAAAACCUGGUUUUGCCUUGUUAGCGGUUUCAGAUGAUGAAGAUGAACCCCCAGAAGCUGAGACUAAAGAAGAAUCUGAUAGUGAGGUGGUGGUAGAAAGGACUAAAACCGGUAAGAAAGACAAGGAAAAGAGCGCUGGAAAGAAAGGUAAAAAGAAGAAGAAAGAAGAAGAUGAUGAAGACAUUGAGAAAAUGUUGGCAGAGUUGGAGAUAGAAUAUUCAGGUGGUGUGGUGCAAAAAGAAGAGAGUGUUGAAAAAGAAACUGUUGCUACUGAGGAUGGGGACGAUAAAAAGAAAAAGAAGAAAAAGAAAAAAGAUAAAGCCGUUGAAAAUGAACCAGCUGUGGUGGAGGAACAGACAGAAGAAGGUGGAGAAGAACAAGAAGGUGGGACAAUAAAGACUGCGGCCCAGAAGAAGAAGGAGAAAAAGGAACGCGAAAAGCAAAAGAAGUUGGAGGCAAAAAAGAAGGAUGUGACGAUUAAAGAACCCAGUCAAACUCCAGAACCAGAGAGUCAGCAGACUGAAGUGUCUGAGGAGAAACCCAAGGAGGAGCAUGAUGAAGCUGGCGAAGGAGAAGAAGAUGGUGACAAGAAAAAGAAGAAGGACAAAAAGAAAAAGAAGGGUGAAAAGGAAGAAAAAGAAAGUAAAGAUAAAGACAAAAAAGGGCCUGGUAAGAAAACAUUGGCCGCCAUGAAAGAAGCUUUACAGAAAUUAAAGGAGGAAGAAGAAAAGGCUAAAAAAGAGGAAGAAGAAAGACUGAAGAAAUUAGAAGAAGCUGAGAAGAAAAGAGAAGAGCAGUUGAGGCUUGAGCAAGAGAGAAAGGAAAAGAAAAAACAGAGAGAGAAGGAGCGCAAAGAACGACUGAAGGCGGAGGGCAAACUAUUGACAGCUAAGCAGAAGGCAGACAAGGCCCGAGCACAGGCCACGCUAGAGGCCCUCAAGGCUCAGGGAUUGGACGUUCCUGACGCCACGGUGGAGAGGAAGCCACGUCCUGGCACUAGGAUACGACCCAAGAAGAAUAAGGAGGCAGCCACAGAACAAGCACCUGUAGUAGCUGUAGCCAGCGAGGCAGAGCCCCAGCCCCAGCAGGUGGAGGUGAAGAUCGUAGACAAGGAGGAGCCCAAGAAGGAGCCAGAGGAAGAUGUCAAGGAUUCCUGGGACAUUGAGUCAUCCGAGGGAGAGGACGAAGAAAAGUCAGAAGAAACGCCCAAGCCUGAAGCUCCGGCAGCUCCAACGCCGGCCAAGAAAGAGGAAGAAGAAGAUGACUCAGAGUCUGAAGAAGAGUCGAGUUCUGAAGAGGAGUCGAGCUCUGACGAAGACAGCGAUGAAAGUUCUGAUGAAGAAGAUGAUGAUAAGAAGAAGUCUGAUGCUCAGAUCAAACGAGAGCGAGCCCUGGCGAGGAUACAGAAAAGACGAGAAGAGGCAGAGAAGAAGAAAACCUUGGACGACUUGAGAGCAGCUGUAGUCUGUGUUCUGGGUCAUGUAGAUACAGGCAAAACAAAGAUUCUGGACAAGUUGCGGCGGACUAAUGUGCAAGAUGGUGAAGCUGGGGGUAUAACACAACAGAUAGGAGCAACCAAUGUACCUAUAGAUGCCAUCAAAGAGAACACCAAGUAUGUUAAAGGGUUUGCGGAAGUGGAACUGAGAAUCCCCGGACUACUGAUUAUCGACACCCCGGGGCACGAGAGUUUCAGUAACCUUCGUAACAGAGGCUCGUCUCUCUGUGACAUCGCCAUCCUGGUCGUAGACAUCAUGCACGGACUGGAGCCUCAGACCAUUGAGUCUAUCAACUUGCUGAAGCAGAAGAAGACUCCAUUUAUUGUGGCGCUCAACAAGAUUGAUAGGUUGUAUGACUGGAACACCAUGGCCAGGAGAGAUGUCAGGGACAUCAUCAAGGCUCAAGCAGCCAACACACAGCUCGAGUUUGAACAGAGGACGAAAGAGACAGUGCUGCAAUUCGCUCAGCAGGGGCUCAACGCCGCAUUGUUCUAUGACAACCCUGAUCCUCGUAGUUACGUGUCGCUCGUCCCAACAUCAGCCAUCACUGGAGAAGGCAUGGGCAACUUGCUGGCCCUCAUAGUGCAGAGCUGUCAGACCAUGUUGGCCAAGAGACUUAUGUUCUCAGAAGAACUACAGGCUACAGUUCUAGAGGUUAAGGCCAUUUCGGGACUUGGUACAACCAUAGAUGCCAUCCUGGUGAACGGCUACUUGAAGGAAGGAGACACCAUGAUAGUGGCAGGCACUGAUGGACCAAUAGUGACACAGAUACGAUCAUUGCUCAUGCCACAACCUCUCAAGGAGCUUAGAGUCAAGAAUGCUUACGUAGAGCAUAAAGAAAUUAAGGCGGCCCAAGGUGUCAAAAUAGCUGCCAAGGAUUUGGAAAAGGCAAUUGCAGGAUUGAACCUGCAGAUUGCCCAAAAGCCAGACGAGGUAGAGAUACUGAGAGAGGAGGUAGCUCGUGAGCUCAAGUCGGCUCUUAACAGUAUCAAGCUCACUGAGAGAGGAGUCUAUGUCCAGGCGUCCACUCUCGGAUCUCUAGAAGCUCUGCUGGAAUUCCUGCGGGUGUCUAAGAUACCGUAUUCCAACAUCAGGAUAGGUCCUGUGGUCAAGAAGGACGUAAUGAAGGCAUCCACCAUGUUGGAACACGAAAGCCAAUACGCAACAAUCCUUGCGUUUGAUGUGAAGGUGGAGAAAGACGCCCAGGAGUUGGCGGACACCCUGGGAGUGAAGAUCUUCCAGGCAGACAUAAUCUACCACCUGUUUGACAAGUUCAUGGCCUACCGAGAAGAGCUCAAACAGAAGAAGCGGGACGAGUUCAAGCACAUCGCUGUCUUCCCGUGCAAGCUCAAAGUCCUACCACAGUUUGUGUUCAACUCGAGAGAUCCAAUCGUGAUGGGAGUCAUGGUAGAAGCAGGAAUUGUGAAAGAAGGAACUCCAAUCUGUGUGCCAAGCAAAGAUUUUGUUGAACUCGGUAUUGUGACAAGUAUAGAAAACAACCACAAGUCCGUGGAGAGCGCCAGGAAGGGUCAAGAGGUUUGCAUCAAAAUUGAACCAAUUCCCGGCGAGGCGCCCAAAAUGUUUGGUCGGCAUUUUGACGAAAAAGACUUCCUGAUAAGCAAGAUAAGCAGACAAUCAAUAGAUGCCUGCAAAGAUUAUUUCAGAGAUGAUCUGCUUAAGACUGACUGGGCUCUGAUGGUAGAGCUAAAGAAGCUCUUCCAGAUUCUCUAAUACCAGAGUUGCUGUUUGGUGUGGAUGUUUCUCAAGUCGAGGAGUCAACCCUCUCCAACUGCAGCCCUUAUUGGUUGCCGUCUCAUAAUUCUUUCGAUUAUUUCUUAUUGAUCUUUUGCGACCAGUGAUUAAAACGAUUGAUCAAGUCAAAUAAAUCAGUUAUAUAUAUAUUGUAUUUAUUUUAGUUAAAUAUAUUUCGCUAACGUCAACUUUGUGACGGUAAAACUGUUUUGUUUGUUUAACAACCAACAUGUGUUUUAUGUUAAUGAAAUAUUGUUGGACGGAACGCUGUAGCUUUUUUUACCAUCGUAAAUAAUAAUUAUGAUUGUCUACAAAACUGUGUAAUGGAAUUAAGAUUCAGUAAAAGAUAUUGGAAAUUGAAA